AUGAAUUCAUAUCUCCUAAACAGGGCCCUUGGGUCUAUCACUCCGCACACCUUUCAUGUGGCACAAACUACCCGACUAGUCCACCACCUCGAGCCAGCUCCUCGCAUUCGAUUCUCAAGCCUGAGGAACAUAUCUGGAGGCCAAUCCGACCGUGAUUCUGCGUUGUUUGAUGCAAGUCCAGGCUUUGAAAGCGACGCCGCUGCUCAUAGGGCUGGCGUGAAUGUACUCAACAUUGAUCAAAAUGAUUCACGAUUCAUGGUUUCCGGUGGUGCAGACCCAUCAAUUCAUUUUUGGGAUCUAGAAAGCAGAGGCGCCGAGUUGGAUCAUAUCCACCGGCCUAUUGCCUCCAUGAACAAGGGAUCCCACGAGGACGCCCAUACGCAUGCCAUCACGUCGGUUUCAAUAUACCCAUUUGAUCCCGCUCCAUCUACAAUCUUGAGUACGGCUCAUGAUGGAAGCCUCAAGCUCUCUGCCUUGGAGCCUGGCGCCAUCACACCUAUGCAUACGUUCAGGCUUGACUGCACGCCUUAUUCUCAUUCCAUGUCGUCGCAUCCCGGUUCAACGCUUCUCAUUGCAGUAGGUACAUCAGAGAAGGCGGUCCGCUUGCUCGACCUGCGGUCCGGCCUAUCUACUCACGGCCUUCCGGGCCAUAGCUCUGCGGUCCUCUCAGUUGCAUGGGCCCCUCACCGGCCACAUAUCCUCGCCUCGGCAUCAGCGGACAACCGCGUGAUUCUGUUUGACGUUCGAAGGGGCGGUCACAAUUCCGCCAUCGCAACCCUUGACAUGGAUGAUGCGGUCGGCCUAGUUCAUCCCCAGUGCGCCCCGGCAUCCUACCAAAGCCGCGCACCGUUCUCGCCCCACGCCCGAGCGCACAAUGGUGCUGUGACCGGCGUCCGUUGGACAUCAACCGGCACGCACCUCGUCACAGCCGGUCAAGAUGCCCGAAUCCGAGUCUGGGACGCCUCCACCGGCGCCAAUACCCUUGUGCACUUUGGACCCAGGGUCCGGAACGGUGUGUCCUCUCAUCUUGCCGAGAGGGCCCCGCUGAUUGUUCCCCGUGGACUGAUGGCUCCAGGGCAAGAGACACUCCUGUGGGCCAACUUCAACGAACACGACGACCGCGGUGAGAUUUUCAUGUUCGAACUUCGCGAGGGAACAUUCAUCAAACGACUCAAGGUCCCCGGUCUCAUGGCUGGUCGGCAACAAAUCCGUGGGCGAUCCAGUGCCCUCAGCGCCGCCCGGAUCAAUUCUCUCGUAUGGCGCGGGAAUGGCGGCUCAGGCGAAGGACUGGAGAUGUUCUCCGCGCACGGAGACGGGACCAUCCGCACCUGGAUAUCGCGGGAGCCCGGGGCGAGCCCGACGACGCAGAAGAGGCAGAGCAAGCCGAUCGAAAACGGAAACGAGACGUCCUCGACGAAAUCUACCAGGGCUUCAUCACUCCUACGCCAGCAUAAGCAAGCCAGAAUCAAACGAAGAUAA